CGACAGAACUCCAAUCCCGAACGGCGCCACGUAGGCUCUGCUGGGUGGGGCCCGGCUCCCGAGGGGCCGGCGGGGUCCGGACGACCCAGGACUCGUUACAGCGGUUCUACCCUUCACGACGCAGACAUGGCAGCCGAGAAGGACCAGCAGAAGGAUGCCGAGGCGGAAGGGCUGAGCGCCACGCUGUGCCAGCGCCUCGUACGAAACGUGGAGUACUACCAGAGCAACUAUGUGUUCGUGUUCCUCGGCCUCAUCGUGUACUGCGUGGUUACGUCUCCCAUGCUGCUGGUGGCCCUGGCCGUCUUCUUUGGUGCCUGUUACAUCCUCUAUCUGCGCACAUUGCAGUCCAAGCUCGUACUCUUUGGCCGAGAGGUGAGCCCAGCCCAUCAGUAUGCUAUGGCUGGAGCCGUCUCCUUUCCUUUCUUCUGGCUGGCCGGUGCAGGCUCAGCCGUCUUCUGGGUUCUGGGAGCCACCCUUGUGGUCAUUGGCUCCCACGCCGCCUUCCACCAGAUCGAGGCCGUGGAUGGGGAAGAGCUGCAGAUGGAGCCAGUGUGAGCGGUCUGCCAACCUCCAGACCCAGCUGCCCAUCCCUGUCCCUGCCCGCACAGCUCCACUACUCCAGCCAACAGCUGCCUUCCCAUCAUAAGCCCAGGGAACCAGCUUUGGAAGUAAAGCUGUUGUAGUUGUCAUUCAGCACAUAC